AGAUAUAUGUAUACGGACUGUAUAUCUGUUUUAUACUAGUUAUCGCAGUCACACAGUGUUUAAAUUGCCAAAAGCUAAUUACGAGCAUGUCCGUUGCACAACAACACGAAACGCGAUUGCCAUCAAUGGACUGCCAAAGUGAAAAUCGAGUACCAGAAAACUCAAUUAGGCAUGUUGCAAAAACACAGACAUUGGCAGCGGCAUCAGUAACCAAACCGCAGCUAACACCGGCUGGAGCUGCAGUUGGAGCUGGAGCAGCUGCAGUAACAUCGCCGGCAACAACAACUGUGGCCAAACAGCAGCAGCAGUCGCAGUCGCAACAGCAGCCGCAGACGCAGUACGUCAUAAAUUCAGCGCCAAUGCACGCCAAGGCGACCACCGCGGGGGUCAUCACUGGCGGUACGCUACAUCUGCAUCGAGUGAAAAGUGCGCAGAAACUUUAUGCAAAGGCCAUUUAUGAUAAUUAUGCGGAUACACAAGACGAGCUGCCCUUCAAAAAGGGCGACAUUCUCACAGUCAUCGAACAGGACACCGAAGGCAUCGAGGGCUGGUGGCUUUGCUCACUGCGCAACCAACAGGGUCUUUGUCCGGGCAACCGGUUACGCAUCUUGAACUCUUACGAUUCGGGCUGCUUCUCGCCAUCGCCGGCGAGUUCACCGAUUCCAUCGCUGGCAGCGAGCACAGCGACAUUGAACAGUUCCAUCUGCUCGGCGGAGAUCUAUGAGAAUGGUUCCAUCAUCAGUGCGAGCACGGGAGCUGGUCACCACAACAAUGCCGACACAUCCUCCACAUCGUCGAGCCAGAGCAGCUCGAAUUCCUGUCAGGGCCGCGGGGCACGCAGAUCGUGGCAUGUAUCGCCCAACAAGGUCAUAACGCCACAGCGGCACGGAGAUGUGUACAUCUAUAACAGUUCGCCCAGCUCCUUGACGGGCACACCGCGUUCACCUCACCCGCAAACGCACCCGCAGCAAACAUUGCAGUCGCAACAGAUCUACAGCAACCAAAGCAUCUAUCAGAACCUCGGCAUGAUGGGCACCCCCCACCAAGGCAGCGGAGCUGGCAACGAAUUCGAGACCUACGACAUACCCAAGCCAGCCACGCCCGUGCAACUCAACUACGACGGAACCGCGCGAGUUGUGCGCACUCCCACCUCCGGCUCAGCGUUGGGUGCUCGCUUCGAUUCACUGAAGAGCGUCGCCGCCUCCAUGUCCAUCGAGGAGGAGUCCUACGAUGUGCCACGUCCCCUGCUGCAACAGCAACAACAACAACAGCAGCAGCCGCAUUCAACGCUAACGCCCAGCAGCUCAGCAUCGUCGCUGCUGACCAGCGAUAGCCUCUCGCUGAGCUUCUCCAGCUCGAAUCGCAGCUCGCUGGCCAACAUGCCCGACUACGAUAUCCCGCGUCGCAAUCCGCUGCCAGUGCGUCCGCAUCCGCGUCCGCAUGCCAGCACCUAUGACUUCUCGUUGCCCCCACUUCUAGAACAGGAGCAGCAGCAACAGCAACAACGUUCGCUGCCCAUGCCGGUGACGGCGACCAAAGAGCUGCCCCUGGAGCUGAACUCGGCGCUGGAAACGCUGGCAAAACUGCAGUCACAGACGACGAUGGCCAUCACCCGACUGCUCAGCCAUGUGGUGCCACAUUGGCGCACACGGGCUCAACUUGAACCGAAUAUAAUGGAACUGAAACUGGAUGCACUGCGUCUGCGUACCGCGCUCCACGAUCUCGCGGAGUUUGGCGAGGGAGCGCUAGGAAAUGCUCAGCGAUCGGAGGAUCGCAAUCUAGCGCUGAAGCUGCGUCCUUUGGUCCGUGCUUUGCGCGAUGCCAACAAACUGAUACACGACACCUCCGAGGCUCUGGAUGCGGCUCCGGGUGGCGGUUGGUCAGUGGAGCAGCUGGCGCGCAGUGAUGACAAGCAGGGCUGUCGACCGCCCGAUAGUCUCGAUCAGUUGAUGGCCUGUGCCCAGACACUCACCGAGGAUGUGCGCUCCACCACCAGCUUUAUACAGGGCAAUGCUUCGCUGUUGUUCAAGCGUCAGCUGCCCACCACGGAGCAACUGAGUCAGAAUGGCGGAGCCAGGGAUAGCAGCGGCAGUCGCAGCAGUGCCGAGUGGCUGGAGGAUUACGACUAUGUGGCCUUUGAGUCGAAGGAUGCGGCAGCCAAGAAGAAUCAGGCACUACGCGAUGCCAUUCCCGCUGGCAUGAAGACGCAGUUCGAUAGCGCGCUAAAGAUUGCCGAGACAAAUGCCGCCGCCACGACCAUGCCCACAACGCCCACGACGCCAAGUGUGACGUUGCCCUGCAAGUCGCCAGAGAUGACCGACAAGGAUAAGAAGCUGGUGCGCUACUAUGCCCAACAGAUCUCCACGCACAUGGGCAAUCUGCUGCAGGCCAUCGAUUCGUUCCUCGAGACGGUGGAGAAGAAUCAGCCGCCGAAGUAUUUCAUUGCCUAUGGCAAAUUUGUGGUGGUCAGUGCACACAAUCUGGUCACCAUUGGCGACAAUGUGCAUCGCAACAUUUCGAAAGAGGCGCUGCGCGAGAAGAUCCUGCACUGCACCAACGAUCUCUCCGAAGCCCUCAAGACCUGUGUGCUCAAGUCGAAGAAGGCGGCAGCGCAUUUUCCCAGCGGCACUGCGGUCCAGGAAAUGGUUGAUUCCGUGGUGAAUAUCAAUGUUCUGGCACGUGCCCUCAAAUCGGUGAUGCUACAGGCCGUGCAGCUCUCGGUCGGAGACGGAGCCUAAACACACUAAACUGAGCAUGAACACACACAGUAUUCGGAGUUUGGGCUUUUAAAGUCUUCCAGGCUGUUCCUUAACCGGUUAGCACGACGCUUCGUCUAUGCAAUAAUAAUUAUAAUGAUGAUUUUCCAUCGGCAUUUAUAUCCACAUCUAUACAUUUGGCAUAUCUUCCGUAACGAUCCGCCUCGAUCUGCGGCUAUAUAUAUAAUUUGCAUUGUGAUAUUUUUGAGCAAACAUCAGAAAAUGCACACGGCUUCAGCUCCCAUUAUUACCCAGGAUCGUGGAAAGGACUCACACGAUCUCCACAGCAAAAAAAAGAAAAAAAAACAACAAUGUAGAAGCAACAACUGAAACUAUCUAUUGUACGAUUACGUCUUAGUUAUAUAUAAUAUAUAAAGUUAUUUGUAUUUGUAAGAUCAAACCAAGUCAGCGCAUUAGUUUUAGCCACAUCUAUGUAAAUAGCCACUCUGUAGGUUUUUUGUACAUUUUGUAUUUGUAAUUUCCCUGCAAAUCAUGUUGUAUCAGUGAAGCAUUUCGGCAGAUUAUAAUAUUUGAGAGUAUGUAAAAUGUAUAACGUAGAUAUGUAGCUUUACGCAUAUACAUCUUUUAUAAUCGCAUACUAUAACACUAUACGCAUAUAGCAUUAAUAUAUACACAUACAUAUAUUUGCAUAGUCAAGAAAAAUCUGUAAGAUUUGCAAUAAACUUUUUAUGAUUUUCGCAAGGCAUUAGUCAGCAAUAUAAGAAUAUAAAUACAACAAAUAAUUAGCCAUACUGUUCUAUUGUAUGUAACUAAUAAUAAUUACUUCGCGGUUGUAGUGUUUCAUCCCAAUCGCAGACUAUAAAUUAUAAUAAAAUAAAAUAUAUGAAAACAAUUUAUCACAUGUUUUUAUUUCGAUUUAAAAUUUGAAUUUAAAAACGAUUUACUUUUAUAACAAUCAAUUUGUAAUAUCGAUAUAACACAUCAAUCGUUUUUGCCAUCCCUGUAAUUGGGAUCAUCGAUUGCAACUAUCGCACAUGAGCGAUACAUUCAGCAGAGAGCUCACGAAAAUAAUUUGGCGCAAUAAUCGAAAUAGUUUCAAGUACAUAUAUACAUACAAGAGAUAAAAUCACACCAUUAUAGACUAGUCUGUGCCAUUGUCGACAUUUAAACUGCAAUUCUUUGUGUUUUCUACUGAAGUGCGAUGGACGUGACCUGUGUUUGUUGUAGAUGUGGAACUCUUCAAGCGGGUGCUACGGCUACUUUAUGCCUUCCGGUGACAGGCACUCAAAACUCUUUUCAUUGUCAUUGCUUUUGUUGUGCACAGCCUCCGCGAAUGAAAUGUUUCUACUGCAACACGCCGCGUGAUCUUGGACCACUGGAGUCCCAUGGCGCUUGUCUACCCGAUAAGCUCCAUGUGUUUGUCAACACGGAGCAAUGGCCACCGUUUCAAGUUCACACACCACAGCCACCACUUAUUGGCAUGGUUGUCACCCUUGGCAAUGCACAGGAAAUACAACAGUUGCCUGAUAACGUUGAUGACGAUAAUGAAGUCCAUGAAAUGGAAGAAACUGAUUACAUCGAGGAGGAAGAUGACUUUAACACAAUGCAUGCCAUUGGAAUAGUCAAAACUGAAUUACAAGAAUCGGCUGGGGAUGUGAAACCCCGUAUAUCAACCAAAUCCAAAUGGGUGUCCAUUGGUGACAUACGCAAGUGGACGAGUUGCAUUCGCUGUGGCAUGGUGAAAAUCAAAUCGGAUGGUUGGAUUAAACAUGCACAAAAGUGUGGACAGGAUCCAAAAUUUGCAAGCCGCAAAUUCUUCAUCUUUUUGCACACUCUGUCUUGGUGCAACACUUUGGUGAAUGACAAUUUUUGGGAACAGCACUCCAACGCCGUGAAUGGCAAAUGCAAUGUAUGCCGUUCAAGCCGUUUAAACAAAGAGCCGUUGCCAUAUCAGCCAAAGCCGCCAACACGUAAAAACGAA